AUGCGGCUCAACAAUCUAAUUUUGUUAUUUUCAUCAUCUUUAACUAUUUGUACGUCAUUAUAUCUAGGACUGCCAGAACUAUCAUGUACAAGGAACAAAUUCUGUUCGGGCUCCAAUCAUAUUUCAGAGGUAGUCCAGUAUAUCGAACAUGGAUCAGAAAACAGGAAUGACCAAGGCCGAAAGGGCAAGAAGUCCAAUAAUUUUGUUUUUGAGCGCCAAGCCGACAGGACAAGACAUGAUUCAAACCAUAGAUUACUAGGAGCUCUUCAAGAGUUUCGUAAAUCUAAAAAUUUGAACAAAUUAAAGCGUGAUAUUAUUCCACCAGAGCUGCCCACUCAACCCUUCAGCGCCGGGAUCUUUCAGGACGGCAACGACUUCAGUUACUUCGUUGAAGUUUCUUUCGGCUCCGCUUCAUCAAAGAUGUAUAUGCUUCUUGAUACUGGUGCUUCUAUGACAUGGGUUAUGGGUAGUAAUUGCUCUAGCCACAUCUGUACUAGCCGUAAUACAUUUGGGCCUCAGAAUUCUUCUACAUAUCAAGAUCUUGAUGCGACAUUCUCUAUUAACUAUGGUAGUGGUGCAUGCUCAGGUAAUGUAGCUCAGGACAAAGUCUCACUUGCCGGAUUAUCUCUUACCAUGCCAUUCGGGGUAGCAGAUAAUGUGUCUGAGGAUUUUGGAGAUUUUGAAAUGUACGGCAUACUUGGUCUUUCGCUAACGAAAUCUCGAGCUCCAAGCUUCCUCGACGCUCUUGUAGCAUCAAAAUCUCUUAAAAAUAAUAUGUUUGGUGUAAGCUUGAGUCAAACUAAAGAGGGGAAAAAUACCGGAGUAAUUAACUUUGGGGCACCUGAUCAUAACAGGUAUUGGGGAGAUUUGAAGUACUAUCCCCUUGCAACUGAUAACAGGGGCUGGGAAAUAGAAUUAAGUUCUGCUGGUUUCGGAAAUUCUCAAAUCCCUAUAUCUCGCAAUGCGCUCCUUGAUACUGGGACUUCAUACAUCCUUGCGCCUUUGCAAGAUAUCACAAAGUUGCACUCCCUUGUACCUGGAUCUAUCACAACAGAUGGUGGGUUUGCAUGGCAGGUUCCCUGCGAUACCUUAAUGGAUAUGAAUUUCCAAUUUGGCUCGGAAACAUAUUCCAUUCCUUCAUCAAUUUGGGUUGGUGAUACAGUUGAAAGUGGUAUGUGUCAAUCGAAUAUUUGCGGCACAGACCUCAACAACGGAGGAUGGAUACUUGGAGACUUUUUUUUGAAAAGUUACUACACUGUAUUUGAUAUCGAUAAUAAAAGAAUUGGACUCGCAAUUGCAAAAGUAGGAACACCAUCACCUACCUCAACAUCCUCAGGUAGGAUAAAUAAUCUUAAAUUCUGA